UCCAUUUUUACAAUAUCAAUCAAAGAAAGGAAAAUUAGAAAAGAAAAUAAAAGUUUGGAUAUUUCAAUCAGAUUGCCACAACACAACAGCAAACAAGACCCAAAUGAGAAUUUGUAAUAUCCGAGGGAGUUUCACCCUUCCCCACUAAUUUCCCUCUUUCGACAAAAACUAUGUUGGUUUUGUGUCAUCAUCUGUUCAGCUCAAGCAUUUUCAGCAGCCUCACUUCCCACCCAAAGGCAAAAACAAUAAAACAGAAAACCCAAGAAGCAGAGACAAACACAGAGAAGGGGGAACCUGAAUUGGAUAUUUUGUUGCAAGCUUCUUCCUUUAUGUUCUGCAGGCCAACUGAAGGAUGCCUCGCCGCAUACUUGAAGGAACCUCUGAUGAUCGCUCUACAUCAUCUCUGCUACAUUCUCCAGUGUUCUUCUUUUUCCUCGGGAUUCUAGCUGUGCUGGUAAUAUUGUUGAUUCUCGUAUUGAUCUUUAGGAAGUCUCUCAAACCGAAUAAGGUGGUGAAGUUAUUAAGACAAACUGGAACAGCUCAAGCAUCAGCAGAUUUGUUGAGUGAGAACCUCCACUCAAUAAGUUACUUUGAUUUUCACACAUUGAAAAAGGCAACAAAGAACUUUGAUCCGGCAAAUCUUCUUGGACAGGGAGGAUUUGGACCCGUCUAUCUGGGAACGCUAGAAGAUGGAAAAUUGGUUGCAAUUAAGAAACUUUCACUUAACAAAUCCCAGCAAGGAGAACCUGAAUUUCUAUCAGAGGUCAGACUGAUAACAAGCAUCCAACACAAGAACCUUGUUCGCCUGCUUGGUUGUUGCUCAGAUGGGCCUCAGCGGCUACUCGUGUAUGAAUACAUGGAGAACAGGAGUUUGGAUCUCAUAAUAUAUGGACAAAGCGACCAAUUCCUCAACUGGAACACCAGAUUGAAGAUUAUCAGAGGCAUUGCUAAAGGGUUGCAGUAUCUACACGAGGAUUCCCACCUAAGAAUUAUUCACCGGGACAUCAAAGCAAGCAACAUUCUUCUCGAUGACAAAUUUCAACCGAAGAUUGGUGAUUUUGGGCUGGCCAGGUUUUUCCCUGAUGACCAAGCUUACCUUAGCACUACAUUUGCUGGAACUCUGGGCUAUACAGCACCAGAAUAUGCAAUUAGGGGGGAACUGUCAGAGAAGGCAGAUGUUUACAGUUUUGGAGUUCUUGUGCUUGAAAUCAUCAGUGGUAGAAAAAACACAAAUCUUUCUUUACCAUCCGAAAUGCAGUAUCUUCCUGAAUAUGCAUGGAAACUAUAUGAGAGGUCAGCAGUAAUCGAACUUGUGGAUCUAAAGAUGAAGGAUGGUGGAUAUGUGGAGAAGGAUGUAGCACAUGCGAUUCAGGUUGCUUUGUUGUGCCUUCAGCCCCAUGGCAACCUGAGACCUGCAAUGUCUGAGAUUGUUGCCAUGCUAACAUACAAAUUUGAAAUCAUUCAAACACCUUCGAAACCAGCUUUCUUGAACAGAAGGCAUAAAAGGAACAGAGAUCUCUCGAGGAAUAAUUGUGCAGAUACCACUCCUCCUCUACAGUGAAGGCAAUGCCAAUGCCUGCUUUGUCAUGGAAAAGAAACUUGCUCUUUGACUUCCAAGCCAUUGCAUCUUUACAAGUUAGAGGAGAAAUCGAACCACUUAUCAUCAUUUUUAAAUUAUCAUAUAGUUUUAACUUAGUCGUUCCAUUUUUUAUGUCAACAGGACAUUGGUGUCUCAAUUUUGAUGAGGACCAUUACAGUAAGGUAUUUAGAUUACUCUCACUAAAAACAUUAAUGCGCUUCUCUGCUUUUCACUUUUCUACUAAUCUUGUCAUUUCAACUGUUCACAUGUCAUCACAAUAAUAGAAACAAAAUUUCUACGUCAACUCAAUAUUCCAUCUUGGUAUGGGGCAUUCUAAUUUCUUGAAGAAGAUAUAGAUUUUUAUACAUAUUCUCUAAAAUUUUAUCAUAAGAUGAGACAAUUUUGAUAAUGAUAUGACAUUGUUAAAAGAGCUUAUUUCCUUUUUCUUAAAAUCUUUUCUGCCAAGAUCAUUCAUAGAGGUGGAACCCACCCACCAAAGAGAAUAAAAGGUGACCAAGAGAAACUUUGUAAGGAGGAAAUUAGAUUCAGGUUCAAAAAAGCCUUGGGACCUGAUGAUAAUGCAUAAACCCUUGAAAAUGGGGUAAGCAUAUUUCUAGAGAAGAACUACGGAUUUCAGGAUUUUUUUUCCGUAAGGGGAAUGUUAAUUCCAGCAUCAACAAUACAUUCAUAACUAUGAUUCCUGUAAUAGUUAAAAAGGGUGUUGCCUCUUAUCUUUCACUAAUGUUAGCCUUUGUUGCUGAGGAACAGAUGGUAGAUCUGAUUUUGGUGGCUAUGCUAAUGAAGCUUUGGAUAAAUGAAGAUGCAAGGAAAAAAAGUAGAGUUCAAAGAAGAAAAAAGGAUUGAAAAGUUUUUCUUAGCUUAAUAGCUUAAGCUUUGAGAAAGCUUAAGGAUGAUUUACAUGAUAUUAUGGUACGAAGUUCUAAAUUUAAAUUAUUGAAGUAUUAUUUCCUCCAUUUUAUAUUAAACUAAAUUAAUAUCUAAAUCCACUAAUCAGAAGGAAUUGGGAAUAUCAACCCUAGCCUAAUAUGUCAAGCUUUUGGUUAAUCAUUAAGAACUGUAAAUUCCAUUAUAGCAUUAUAUUAUACAUAUUUUAUUGCAUUACUACCGUCAUGAUUUCCUCCUUCAAUAAGCAGAGAAAAGAGUGAAGAUAACUAAGGACAAAAGAAUACCUCCUCCUAAG